AUGUCUUCCAUCGGAACAGGAUAUGACCUUUCGGUAGCGACCUACUCCCCCGACGGCCGCUUGUUCCAGGUUGAAUACGCUAACAAGGCUGUCGAAGCCUCCGGGGUGGCCGUAGGGAUCCGUUGUGCCGAUGGCAUCGUUCUGGGAGUCGAGCGCCUUCUUCACUCCAAGCUCCUUGUGAAGGGCGCGAAUAGACGGAUACAGUCUGUAGACGAGCAUGUCGGUGCUGCUACCGCUGGUCUCCUCGCCGACGGCAAGCAUCUUUGCAGCCGCCUUCGCGACGAAGCCUACAACUUCCGCGACACCUACAAUGCACCUGCGACCGUUCAAGCUUACACCUGCUACGGUUCCGUCAGGCCCUUUGGUGUUUCGACGCUGGUUGCUGGAGUAGACAAGACUGGUUCCAAGCUUUUCUGCAUCGAGCCUUCGGGUGUCUACUAUGGAUACCGCGCAUGUGCUAUCGGAAAGGGAAGGGCACUUGCCAAGACUGAAUUGGAGAAGAUUGUUCAGCGCGAGGCUGAUGGUGGCGAACCCAUCACUUGUCGUGAUGCUGUCCGCGAGGUGGCCCGAAUCAUUUAUCUGGUUCAUGAUGAUAACAAGGACAAGGAUUUCGAGCUCGAGAUGACUUGGAUCUGCCCAGAGACUGGUGGCAAGCAUCUCGCGGUUCCCGCGGAUCUUUUGGCCGAAGCCGAGAAGGCCGCGGAAGAGGCUCUCGUCGAGGAUAUGGAGGACGAUUGA